GCAUUUCCCCCCUCCCCUUGCCAGGAGAUUAUGGUUUAAAUAUUUGGCAGGGACUCUCCAAUUAACAUUGAUAAUGCACAAAGUGCUGCUCAAAUUCAUAUGGGUCCAGGGAGUUUACAACCGAGAUAUUGAUGGCAAAGCUGAGCCAGAGCAAAUGGUUGUGUCUUCGGGGUAUACUGGAAGACUUGACUCCCAAGGACAGAGUUGUAAUGUGGAAAUUGAAGCCAAAGAAGCCUGUGACUGGCUGAGGGCUACUGGUUUCCCCCAAUAUGCUCAGUUAUUUGAAGACAUGCAGUUUCCUAUCGACAUCAAAACUGUGAGGAAAGAUCAUGAAUUUUUAGAUCGAGAUGCUAUUGAUUCUCUGUACAGACGGUUAAAUACACUGAACAAGUGUGCAGCAAUGAAAGUGGAAAUAAGUCGUCAGAGAAAACGGAGUGAUGAAUCCGAAGACGAUGAACCUUGUGCUAUAAGUAACAAAUGGGCUUAUGAGAGGUGCAGUCAGAGAUGGUCUCGCCUGGAGAGCAUAGAAGGUUUCCCUGAAAAAGGGUCUAGUGCAUCAGUCCCAGAGAGUCGAAGACUUAAGAGCACUGGUAGUGAGGAGAUACCUUUUUCAGACCAAGGAGAGAAGCAUGAUGUGUCUUCAAUUCACAGUACUAGCAGUGGGGACAGUGACAUUAUCAGCUUCCCUAAGACUUUUGAGGAUGUUGAGACCAGCACUAGUUCCUCAAGAUGUUCCUCAAGUAAACUGGCCUCUCCUGACUCUACUUUUAGUUGUUCUCCUUCCCCUAGUGAGUUCUUAAACUUCAUCAGCGAGGAGAAGCUUUUGGAUAAACCACCACAAAAAAAGGAGAAGAGCUUUCUAAAGAAAAUGGAGAAACUGCGCAUAAGGCGUUCCAGUAUAAAGAGAGCUGCUCAGUCAAAGGCCAAACCCAUUAUUGGUGAACCUGUUCUUCAGGAGGGACUGAACGAAGAGAAGCUGAAGAACCUUAAUUGUGUAGAUAUUAGUGACCUAUCUGACAGCCAGACAAAAAAAAAUUCUUCCUACUCUCCCCACACUUGCAGCAGCAGCAGCCAGUCUGAAACCAGCAGCACAGUGAGCACUCCGAGUCCUGUUAUCAAAGUCAGGAGUUAUGCUAAACGGGGAGGUGUGUAUGCGGAGGACUCCGACUCCAGUAAGCGCUCUAUGUGGAAUGAUGUAUCUGAGCAAAACUUCAAAAAUGAAAUCAAUUUGCAUGCAAACCAAAUGUUUCAUGUACCACAAGGCCAUAAGCCUGGGACUUUCCCCAAAGCACUUACAAACAGUUUCUUAUCUCCAACAGACAACACUUCUGUGAACUGGAGAACUGGAAGCUUUCAUGGAUGCAGGCGGAACAGAAUUAGAACUAGUUCUAAGGAGUCUGAGACCCCUCUGAGUCCUUUGUCAUUUAUAGAUAACAGGCUGAGUAUCUAUGACAAUGUGCCCAGCAUUCCUGUUCAUCUUAAUAAGAUGGAGAUGCCGGAAGUUAGUGAUGACGAUGUUUUUUCAGAACUAGACAAUGUUAUGGAACAUGUCAAUGGGCUCAGAAAGUUGGUCAAUCAGUGGACUGAGAAGUUCUCAGACGAUGGAGACUCUGAUUUUGCGAACGACUCAACCUCUCCUUGUCCAUCUUCCCCUAAAGAAAUCCACCUUGAGAUAAAAAAGCAUUCAGAAGAGAAACUGGCAGAUGUACCAGCUGCUGAUGGAAAACAGAACUUCAAGCAUGGCAAUGAGCUUGAUUCUCCAGAACUGGCAUACAUAACAGAUUCAGAGAUGGGAUCAUCAUUAUCACAUUCCAACAGAUAUGAGAGGCGACACUGGUCUACAGAGGAGACUGUAAACUUGGAAAGCCUUUCUGUACAAAUAGAUAACCAGUCAGCAGCCCACCUAAACCGAAUACAGAAACUUGCUUUGUUGAAACUCACUGCUUUAAUGGACAAAUACUCUCCUUCCAGUAAACAGGGCUGGAACUGGACUGUUCCAAAGUUCAUUAGAAAAAUCAAAGCCCCUGACUAUAAGGACAAAAAUGUAUUUGGGGUCCCAUUACUGCUAAAUGUUCAGCGAACAAGCUAUCCGCUUCCAAAGAGCAUUAUCCAGGCCAUGGAGUACUUAAGAAGCCACUUUCUUGACCAGGUUGGCCUGUUCAGAAAAUCAGGCGUUAAAUCUAGGAUCCUUUCUUUAAGGGAAAUGAAUGAAAAUGACCCAAACAAUGUAACUUACGAAGGGCAGUCGGCGUUUGAUGUGGCAGAUAUGGUAAAGCAGUAUUUCCGAGAUCUUCCUGAGCCUAUAUUCACUAGCAAGCUUUGUGAAUCCUUCCUCCACAUCUAUCAGUAUUUGCCAAAGGAUCAACAGUUUCAUGCAGUCCAGGCUGCCAUUCUUCUGCUCCCAGACGAAAAUCGGGAAGCUCUGAAAAUCCUUCUCUUCUUUCUCCGAGAUGUAGUUGCUUUUGUUGAGGAAAACCAGAUGACUCCGACCAACAUUGCAGUCUGUCUCGCACCAUCCUUGUUUCAUCUCAAUACUUUAAGGCGAGAGAGUUCAUCAUCAUCAUCAUCAUCAUCAUCUAGGUCCAGCCAGAGGAAGUACAGCCUGGGAAAACCAGACCAGAGAGAUUUGAGUGAAAAUCUGGCAGCCACCCAAGGCCUGGCCCACAUGAUAAUGGAAUGCAACAGACUUUUCCAGAUGCCCGACUAUUGCCUGGAUCAGUGUUGUGAUAACUUAUACGAACAGAAUGGCUUGAGUGAAAGGGCUUCUAAUCAGACCGCCUCAAUGAGGCACUCCAUGCUGAUUUCCCUUGAGAACUCCAUGCAGGACUUGCUGCGAGAUGCCAAGGAAAAGUUCAAGAGCUGGGUUACUUGUUCAAACUUGGAACGUGUGCAAUUGGCGAAUAAAAAGGUGGAAGAUAACUACCACGUCCGCUUAUGGAAGGCAUCCACUGAAAUCAAUGCCGCUUCUAAAGUAAUCCUCCAACGCAUACUGACAGAGCAGCAUCUGUGGGACCCAAGUCUGCAGCAGGCUAAAAUCCUAGAGACCUGGGAUGAUGAAACGGAUGUUUAUCACUAUACAACAGAAAGCAUGUCACCCCUCCUGCCACGGGAGUAUGUGGUUUUGAGGACUUGGAGGACUGAUCCCCAAAGUGGCACCUGUAUUUUGGCAGCUACCUCAGUUGACAGUGAAGGAGCUACUCUGCAUGGGAUUUUGGCCCAUGUCCUUUUGUGUCAGUAUCUCAUAGAACCAGUUGGCUCCCAGAAAUCCAAAGUGACUCACGUCUGCCGGACAGACACGAGGGGACGAACAACAGAAUGGUACAACAGGGUUUUUGGUCAUAUGUGUGCUGCAGAACUGAUGAGGAUAAAAGACUCCUUCAAACCUCUCAGUAAUGACACAAAGGAAACGAAAAUCUAAAGCACCUGGUUCUAAACAGAGGCUGGUGCAGAGGAAUGAACUGCUCCUCUGCUAUCAUUUUAAAAGCUACAGACUCAAGAGACUUGCCUAUAUUUUAAAACUAAUAAACCAAGAAGUAAUUUGUAAUGGCAUAUAAAUGUAAUGUAAAAUAGUAAUUUUAUAAAGCUGCUCCCCUCCUCCCCCCCAGUUUCAGGAAGCUGUUCUUGAACUGGCUGCACAGAUAGCUGAAAUGUCAAAUGUGUAUAUAUACAAAGUUAUAAAAUGCAAUUGUUACAUCCAGGAAAGACAAAAUAUGCUGGUUCAAAAUUAUAGUUAUAAAGUAAAUUAUUAAACUAAGAACAUGGUAUUUUUCCAAAUACGCAUUAAGUAUUUUAUAAGAUGUAGACUUUUAUGCAUUGUAGAGUAUUAUGUCUCUUGAAUUUUCUUUUUAUUGAAUAAGGUGGUGGUGAUGUGAAGUUAAUUUUAACCUCUUUACAGUUGAAAAUAUGGCUGAAAACCUAGCCUUUUUCUAGAGGCAGCUAAAUACUUUAGCAUAUGCUGUUAACUCUUCAUACUUCCUUUUUACAUAAUAGGAAACCAAAUCUGGUGGGGGUGGUUGUUUAAUGUUAUGGGUAAAGUUCCUUCAUGUGAGAGCGUUGCCUACUUUCCCCAUGUUGAAGCUUUAGGAAUUCAUUUCAAUUGUUAAAGGCCAUAAGCCAAGCUAAAUUCUCAGCAGAAAUUGUGUGAAUGGCCUAGCAGAAACUGAAGUCACUUGAGCUCAGUCAUAGGCAUUGUGCUUGUUUACUGAACUGCAAUCAUGGUUAAACAUUCCUUUUGUACAUUUAAUAAGCUGCUCAUCCUGAAAGCCAAAAAGUAUGUGUACAUAGAUAGAUAGAUAAUUAAGGUGCUAUUCAUAGGAUUAAGUGCUUUAUACAGCUGUGGAGUGGGAGUGGGGCUUGAGUCUUUUGUUAGUUGUUCCUGUGAAACUAACUUGUCCUGGAUUUAUGAUGUCUUGGAACUUAUUCACAGUUGCAUUUGUGAUUAAAGAGUUGCUUAGGUAUAUGCCA